UCUGGAGUGGACACUUCCAUUCCUCUUUAUCUCAUGUAAGGACCACCAUCCUGUAGUGGGCCAACCAGCAUUAUUUCAGGACCUUUCUUCCUCAUUCCUUCAUUCCUCUGGUAGCUGAGAAGUUCAAGAACUCUGUAAGAAAAUUAAGAAAUAUCACUACUGAUGUCUGCACUAUACCAUGACUGGGAUUGUGGAGGUGUCCCAAAGACGAAGAGCUUCGACAAGUCAGGAAUCGAACGAGAUGGAUACCUUGAAUCGGACUCUGUGAGUGAAUUCAGGAUGAAGAACUCCAACCAGGGCCAGCGCAAGCCGGUCCUCGAGAGGGACGAUGAGAACUCGGCCUCGCUUAAUCUGCGUAACCUGUCGAAGCUUAUCCUGCCGCCGUUGGGUGCGUCGAGCUUCAACCAGACCCAGAUCAACUCCACUAGGAAAAUCAUCACCCCCAUGGAUUCAAGAUACAGGUGCUGGGAAACAUUCAUGGUGAUUUUGGUAUUCUACUCAGCAUGGGUUUACCCAUUUGAGGUUGCCUUCAUGAAUGCUUCACCCAAAGGAGGUCUCUACAUUGCUGACAGCGUUGUCGACCUGUUUUUCACCAUCGAUAUCGUUCUAACAUUUUUCGUGGCUUACAUCGACUCAAGAACUCAACUUCUAGUACAUGAUUCAAGGAAAAUUGCAGUUAGGUAUCUGUCCACAUGGUUCAUCAUGGAUGUGGCUUCAACAAUUCCAUUUGAAUCUCUAGGAUACCUGUUUACUGGGAAGAACCGAUCAGGUCUAUCUUACAGUCUGUUGGGCAUAUUAAGACUCUGGCGUUUGAGGAAGGUUAAACAACUGUUUACAAGAGUUGAAAAGGACAUCAGAUACAGCUAUUUUUGGAUAAGAUGUGCUAGAUUAUUAUCUGUUACAUUGUUUCUGGUUCACUGUGCUGCGUGCCUGUACUACUUGCUUGCCGAUCGGUAUCCACAUCAAGGGCGGACAUGGAUUGGCUCUGUGAUUCCAAACUUUAGAGAAGCAAACCUUUGGAUCCGUUACAUUUCCUCCCUUUACUGGUCCAUCACCACCAUGACAACCGUUGGUUAUGGUGACCUCCAUGCUGUGAACACUAGGGAGAUGAUCUUCAACAUAUUCUACAUGCUCUUCAAUCUAGGCCUCACCGCUUAUCUCAUUGGAAACAUGACCAAUCUGGUUGUUGAAGGGACCCGCCGCACAAUGGAAUUUAGGAACAGCAUACAGGCAGCUUCGAAUUUUGUAUGUCGAAAUCAUCUACCACCACGCUUGAAAGAUCAGAUAUUGGCAUACAUGUGUCUGAGGUUCCGAGCGGAGAGCUUGAACCAGCAACACUUGAUGGAGCAGCUGCCAAAAUCAAUCUGUAAAAGCAUUUGCGAGCAUCUCUUCCUACCAAUUGUCGACCAGGUUUAUCUGUUCAAAGACGUCUCAAGGGAAAAUAUCUUGCUUCUGGUUACAGAGAUGAAAGCAGAGUAUAUCCCACCUCGGGAGGAUGUUAUAAUGCACAACGAAGCGCCAGACAAUGUUUACAUCGUGGUGUCAGGCGAAGUAGAAAUCAUUGCCUGUGACAUGGAGGCAGAAAGAGUGGUGGGAACCUUAAGAAGGAGAGAUAUCUUUGGAGAGAUCAGCGCUCUCUGCAGAAAGCCUCAGCACUUUACAUACCGAACGAAGACCUUGUGUCAGCUCCUGAGGUUGAAGAGCAGCACUCUUAUAGAGGCAAUGCAGGCAAAUGAAGAGAACAUAGUCAUUCUCAAGAAUUUCCUUCAGCACCACAGAGAGCUGAAGGAUCUAAGCAUUGAGGAUUUGUUAAUGAAGAGCAGAGAACAUGAUGACCUGAUCAUACCACAGAAUCUCUUGACCGUCGCUGCUACUGGUAACAGUGCUUUUCUAGAAGAGCUUCUUAGAGAAGGCAUGGUUCCGAAUAUUAGGGACUCCGAAGGAAGAACACCAUUGCACAUUGCAGCAUCCAAAGGGUACAAAGAAUGUGUUUUGAUUCUACUCAAGCAUGACUGCAACAUAAAUAUACAAGAUGUGAAUGGAAACACUCCCUUAUGGGAUGCUCUCUCUGCGGAACACCACUCCAUCUUUAGGGUCUUGUAUCAUCACGCAUUGGUCUCAAAUCCCAACAUAAAUGGAGAUCUUCUCUGCCUCGCGGCAAAGAGAAACGAUCAUUCUACAAUGAAAGAGCUUCUUAAACAUGGACUAGACAUUGACUCGAAGAAUGCCCAAGGAUUAACUGCCCUGCAAAUUGCAGUGGCCGAAAAUCACAUAGAUAUGGUGAACUUCUUGGUCAUGAAUGGUGCCAGCAUAGACUACAUAAAUGUAAGCAUGAAGACAGCGAGUGAUACAGAUGGAGGAGGACUGCCACUUGAUGUUCUUGAAGAAAUUGUGCAAAAACGUAAAGUGGGUCAUCGAAUUACAGUUAUAGAAACUCCUGGAGAGCAGCUACGAGUGUCCUCAAAGCAAGAACAAGCAUCCAACAGCGGUAAAAAUGGUGGGUUGUGUAUGAGAGUGAACUUAUAUAGAAGCCAUCCCCUGCUAAGGGACCCUUUCUCAGAAGCUGGCAAGUUGAUAAGGUUACCAAGCUCCAUGGAAGAGCUUAAGAACAUAGCAGGGGAAAAGUUUGGAUUUGACGCAAGCAAUACAGUUGUGGUGAAUGAGGAAGGGUCAGAUGUCGACUCGAUCGAAGUGAUUAGAGAUAAUGACAAGCUAUUUAUAAUUAAGGAUGAAGAUUUCGCUAGAUUUUGUGCCAAAAUAUAUAACUAAAGAUACUCUUUUUAGACAUCACCAUAAUGAUUAGAGAUAACGACACGAUCUUUUGAAUUUUCUCUGCUCAAUACAGAAGAAGGGGACACUACUAUUUAUCAUGUCUCCUCUCAUACAAAUAUUUGUACGUGUCCUUCUCAUAUAUAAACGGGUGAUGUAACAAUACAAGGUGGAAAUUGUUCAUACUAGAAAUCAUUUUUCUUUUUUA